AGGAAGAGUUUAUUCUUAAUCUUGAAUCUCAGGUAAGCCUUCUUAAUUUUUCAUUCAACAUCAUUCAACUCUGUUCUUCUUGUGCAGAUAGAGUAUUAUGUUUAGUGACUGGAGAAUUAAUUUAAAGUCCUAAACUUAUUGUACAAGGGCCAAAUUAGUCAUAAACAUUACAUUAUGCCAAUUUAGUCACAAAACUUUCGAUAACUUGCCGAGUUAGCUCUAAAUCUUUCAAUUGUGCCCAAUGAGUACUCGAUAAUUUGAUAAUUUAUCAAUUUAGUUUCGAACCUUUUAACAAUGUGUCAAUUUGGUUAUUUUGAUUAAUGAUGGCUAGAAACUGCUGAUGUGAUAAUCUAGUCAGUACCGAUCAUCUAUGAUAUGGACAAUUUUUCUAUCUUAUGAUUUUUUUAAUCUUUAUAUAUAUAUUUUUUCAUAUUCUUUUUUUUUUUAUUCCCUUUUUCCCUCCAUUGGCCUCAAACGAGGGACUUUUGCGCUUGGGUUGUGACUGCCGCCCUCACCACCUUUACCAAGGGACGAUGAGGGCAGCCCUUGCCUAAGGCUAGUGGAGGGAAAAAGGGGGAAAAAAGUAAAAGGAAAGAUUAGAAAAGGAAAGGAAAAAAGAAGAAGAAAAACUCAUAAAAUACAAAAAUUGUAAAUAUUGUAAUAUAUUAGUGCCGAUCGUAUCAUGUAGAAUAGUUAGCGUUGACUAGACCGUCAUGUUAGCCAUUUUCAGCCAAAAUUGAUCGAAAUGAUGAAAUUGAUGAAUUGUGAAAAUGUUUAAGACUAAAUUGACAAAUUAUUAAAAAAUUUAUAGCUAAAUUAGUACAAUUGAAAGAUUUAGGACAAUUGGCUACCGUAUAAUAACUUUAGGGCUUUUUGGACAAUUUUCUUGUUUAGUAACUACAUGCUGCAAGUAUUUUCAAAUCAAAUAGUAUAGAAACUAUGUAUGCAUUUGAUAGAGAAAUAGAAGGUUAGAUCAUGCAUGUUCCAGUAGAAUUUAUAGGAGUUAUGAUUUUGUAUUAUUUGCGGCCACGUGAUUUGAACGGCAAAUUGACUUUGCUGCGCGGCCUUGGGAGAUCUGGGGAGCGGACGGUCUUCCAUUACUCAUCUCUCAAGCUUGGCAGAUUCUUCAGAUAUUUCCUCAAUUAGUUGAGGCGCAGGGCCUCCUAAAACUGAACGACUUUUCCGAUUCGCCCUAUGGCAACAACACAGCCAAGUGCCGCAGAAAUGAAUCAGAUUGUCAAGGAAGUUGUGGUUACCAUGAAGACGAAGAUGGACAACUUGCCUCUAUUGUCCACCGAGCGUUGCAUCUAUCGAGUGCCUGAGAAGUUGCGUAGAGCAAACGCAGAGGCCUACACGCCUCAAGUCAUCUCCAUCGGGCCGUUCCACUAUGGUAAGAAAGAGCUUCAGUUGACGGAGGAGAUCAAACUGAGGUACGUGACAGGCUUCCUUCGCCAUUGCAAGUUCGACCUCCCAGCUUGUACCAGAAUGAUCAGCGAAUCGGAAGACCGCAUUCGGCAAUGCUACCAAGAAAAGCUCACCCAAGGCAGCUAUGAGCUCGUAGAAAUUAUCUUAGUGGAUGCAGUUUUUUUAGUUGAGCUGUUCAUAACGAACCAUUACUGGAACCACGACCCUGAGCACCGAGACCUGAACGACGAGAUAUUCAGCAAGCAGUGGAUGAGCAACGCUGUAUUCCACGACCUCUUGCUGCUGGAAAAUCAAGUCCCGUUCUUUGUCCUCGAGAAUCUAUACAGCCUCACGACAUUGAGUGCCACUGUCACAUUCUUUAAGCUUAGCUACGAGUACUUCAGAGAUGUCCUGCACGGGCAUGAGCUUGUAAGCACGAGAGUUCAGGUGAAGCACCUGGUGGACUACGUGCGAGCCCUGCAACUGCCUGCAUUCCCUCGGCGCGUGAUGCACAAAGAGAGCAAGAAAUUCCAGCUGACUCGGAGUGCAAAGGAGCUGCAAGAGGCCGGGGUCAAGUUCAGACAGGGCGAGGGAACCUCCUCCGUGCUCGAUGUUGACUUCAAGGAUGGUAUCCUUGUGAUGCGGCAUGUGGUUGUGCACGAGUGGACCGAGCCGUACUUCAGGAACAUGAUUGCGUAUGAGCAGUGCCACCAUGAUGAAAAGUACAUCAGCAGCUACGCCAUUCUCAUGGACAGCCUCAUUAACACGCCCGAAGACGUCGACAUUCUAAUCAGCUGUGGAAUUUUGGAAAAUCGGCUUGGAAGCACGGAUGAUGUGGCUCAUCUCUUCAACAGCAUGUACAAGGAGACCAUGAGGGACUCUAGCGAGUUCGUCUACUCGAGCCAGUGCCUGGGCCUGAACGCGUACAGCAGGAACCGGUGGCACCAGUGGAAGGCUGCUUGGUACCGGUGGAGGGUCAUCCUCCACCGAGACUACUUCAGCAACCCGUGGUCUGGGAUCUCCGUGGUCGCUGCGGUGGUGCUGCUCGUUCUGACCUUGUUUCAAACUGCGUGUUCCUUUUUGGAUAUAUACGCGGGUGACGCCCGGAGAUUGUUCCGUAGGCGCAAAAGCCAUUACUAGAUCCAUGGAAUAGAAAGUCUCAAACUAGAUUUGCAUAUCCUAAACACACUCAUCAAUGGCCGCAUCAUUUACGAAAUAGAGUGUAAAGACCACGAAAGAGAUCUUAAUGAA